AUGGUAUCUGGUACUAUUCGGCCAGGUGACAACCCAGAUCUGACCAAAGAAAGGAAGGCGGCUUCCUUUGAUGUGAACCAGCUGUCAGAAUUCAUUCACGGCGGAAAGGAAGUUUUGGCACGGAGAAAGGAGAUUCUGGAGUUUGUGGAGUCGAAGCCAGAGUUCAAACAAGAAACGCCAAUCGAGUUCUUAAGUAGAGAAGAGAGGUACGAACAACAGGCCAAGAAUGCUGUAGCCAUGACUGAAUACGCUACAGAUGCCAUCGACGGUAGUGACUUCUUCGGUGAAGGAAUGUACUAUCAACAGUAGGUGUUUGAAGUUAAGGUUUAUAGGUUUAGAGAGAUUACAAAACUAAUAUAGUUUAGGCUUUAAAUCAUAUAGAUAUAAUAUAUCGUCCAGAUUGAUCAUGGGUCGUGAUCUCCACGCUCUUUCAUUGCACUAUGUCAUGUUCUUACCCACAAUCCAGAAUCAGACUACAGAAGAACAGCUCGACAAAUGGUUGGGACUAGUCAUCACUCGAGGUAUAGCUGGUACCUACGCUCAGACUGAGCUUGGGCAUGGUACCAACCUGAGUCAGUUGGAGACUACGGCUACAUACGAUCCCAAGACCGAAGAGUUUGUGAUUCAUUCCCCAAAGGUGUCGGCCGCCAAGUGGUGGCCUGGCGCACUUGGGAAGUCCUCAACUCAUGCCAUUGUGAUGGCACAGCUAUAUACAGAUGGCCAGAAGUACGGUCCACAUCCCUUCAUCGUGCAGAUCCGAGACCUCGAGGACCACAAGCCUCUGAAGGGGAUUACGGUAGGUGACAUCGGCCCAAAACUGGGAAUUAAUGGUUCUGACAAUGGGUUCUUACUCUUCAACAACUACCGUAUCCCCAGAGAGAACAUGUUGAUGAGGUACUCUAAGGUGACAAAGGAGGGAAAGUACAUUCACCCCAAGCAUCAGAAGUUGGGCUACGGCAGUAUGGUGUUUGUACGGUCGAUUAUGAUCAGAGAUCAGUCCUUGCAGUUGGCAGCUGCUUCUACUAUUGCUACACGGUACGCUGCCGUCAGAAGACAAGGAGAACUGGUUCCUGGGUAAGUUAGCUACAGUAGGAGCAGAGAUUAGAAACGGUGUGAAAAAGAAAGACUUGGUAUCUUUACUUUGUUAAAAUAUAUAUUUCAGAAAAGGGGAAGUUCAGAUCAUUGACUACCGUACCCAGCAGCUUCGUAUCUUCCCCCAAAUCACCAAAACCUUAGCUUUUCUGUUUGCGGCUUCAGAAGUCAGGGAUCUGUAUUUGAAGGUAACGGAACAACUAUCAGAUGGCAAUGUCGAACUUCUGCCCGAGCUACACUCUCUGUCUUCUGGACUGAAGUCUGUGGUAUCUUGGGAGGUAUCUCAAGGAAUAGAACAAUGUAGACUGGCUUGUGGUGGGCAUGGCUACUCACAGGCUAGCGGGUUUCCGGAGAUAUACGCGUAUGCUGUUGGGGGAUGUACAUACGAAGGAGAGAACAUCGUCAUGUUGCUACAGGUUGCACGGUAAGAUUUGUGAACUUUCGAUAAAUGGAUUUUUUAGUAUUUUGAGAUAUAUUUUUAUACUAUCUUGUAUACAUUAUGUUACAUACUCUUUGUAUAUGUACAUACCUAACGAUGGCUGUAUAUAAUUCUAGGCAAUUGAUGAAAACAGUGGCUAAAAUAAAGUCAGGAAACGCCAAGUUAGCCCAGAUUGAUGGUUAUUUGAAAGCGUUUAAUGUGAAUAGGUCAUCGUUCAAUGGUCUUACUGGACUAACUCCUCAGAUCUUGAUUCAAGACUUUGAACAAGUGGCCAGGAUCCAAGUAAGUUAUAUUAUUAUUUGUUUUACAAUGUAAUUUAUUGAUGACAGAACAAAAAAAGUUGACUUGGUAUCUUUCCCAAGUCUUUUCAAAUCUAAAAUUCUCAAAUAUUUGUGUAAAUAGGUAUUAAAUCUAACUUUUAAACUUGUUUUAGGUAUUCGGAGUCUAUUCUCGUCUGGCCGAACUGAAGAGAACCUUGCCAGAACACGAAGCCUUCAACAAGAUCUCCAUCGACUUGUGCCGUGCCUCCAGAUGGCACGUUAAGGCGUAUCUUGUCAAGAACUUCUUCGCCUACAUAUCACGGUGUUCUGGGGCCGAGAGAGUGAAGCAGCUCCUGGUGGAGAUAGCGAGUUUGUACGCUCUGGAUCAGAUUUCAGCUGGAUUAGCUCACUUUCUGCGCGUAAGUUUCGAAAAAAGAUAUAGCUAGCCUCUUUCCUGACAAAAGAUAUACACUUUUAGACGAAUCUGUACUGUAAGCUUGUUUUUUGAUAUUGUUGAAACUAAAAUCAAAGAAAAAAUCAAAAUUAAUUUUAAAAGUUUGGACAAAAAGUGGUUCUACACAAUCUGUUGACUUAAAGACAUUAUUUUGUCAUUAGAAAUAAGCUAAAAAGUCGUUUUCAAAUAUUUUUGAAUUCUUUCAGAACCAAUAUUACUCACAAAGCCAAGCCGACCAAGUCAAAAUGUCAAUCGAGACCCUUCUGGAACGACUUCGCCCCGAGGCAGUUGCUAUUGUAGACGCCUUUGACUUCAGUGACCGAGAGUUACAUUCUGUUUUGGGUCGGAGGGAUGGUAAUGUGUACGAGAACCUUCUAAAAUGGGCCCAACAGUCCCAGUUGAACAAGUCUGAUGUCUUAGACGCCUAUCACAAACACUUGGGACCAAUGAUGAAGGAAGGUAGAGCCAAGUUGUAA